AUGGAGUUCAUCGCAGCUGGCACAGCUUGGGCGCUUAACAGAGCGCCUUCGCCACAAAAGAUUCUCCAUCGAAUCGGUCUCGCAUCUCUCAUUACAUCACAAACAUGGCCAGACUUAUCUUCAAAGCUCUCUCCCAACGCAUCGAUAGUGUUUUCGCAAGACCCCGAGUUCGGUGGUCUCGUUAGUCGAUGGAGAGAUUGGCAUGCACCGCAGGUUGGUGCAGUUGUGACAGCUUUCACAGAGACCGACGUGCAAGAGGCGGUCCGGUACGCGAACCAAAACAGGAUCCCGUUUUUGGCGAGAUCUGGUGGCCAUGGAGCGACUGAGGCGUUGCAGUUGGCCAAAGAUGUUCUUGUUGUUGACAUACGAGGCAUGAACGAUAUUAAAAUUGCUGAAAGUGGCAAUCACGCGACCAUUGGCGGAGGAGCCAGUGUGAAGAAAGUUGUGAACGAGCUAUGGGCUUCAAAGAAACAGACAGUCACUGGUAUUUGUGAAUGCGUUGGCAUCUCGGCGCCCGUCCUCGGAGGAGGACAUGGAUGGCUACAAGGCAAAAAAGGACUUGCAUCCGAUCAGGUCAUAUCUGCUCGUGUCGUGCUUCCCAACGGAGAAGCCGUGACAGCGUCCGAAGAGUCAAACCCAGACCUCUUCUGGGCCCUGCGUGGAGCAGGACAUAACUUUGGAAUUGUUACAGAGUGGGAGUAUCGAAUCUACGAUGUCGAGAAUCCAAACUGGUCCUAUGAGAUUCUCAUCUUCUUGGGCGAUAAACUUGAAGAGGUACUCGAGUUGACUAACAAGAUGAUGAAAACUCAGCCGCCACAGAUAAUCCACUGGAUGUAUAUUGUCAAUGUCCCAGAAAUUGAUCCUGACAAGCCGAUUAUAUGGUACGCAAUUAUUUCAGACGGCCCAGUCGAUGAAGCUCGAGAAUACGCCAAACCACUCCGCGACAUUGGGCCCAUCAACGUCAACGCAGGUGCAGUCCCCAUGCCCGAACUCGCUCAUAUUACACUUAUGAGUGAAGACACUGCCGGCUGCACAAAAGGCUUUACGGGUCUGCGCUAUCCCAUAGGUCUCAAGAAGUACAAUCCCCGAGCGGUCCGCCAAGUUUUCGACUCUAUUGCCGAGAUAUCCCAGCGUGUUCCUGAAUUGGCGGGGUCAUUUUUUCUUCUUGAGGGGUACUCGACGCACGGCGUGAAAGCAGUGGACGCAGAUAAAUCUGCGUUUCCUCACCGUGACGAUGAGAUUCUCAUCACGUCAUAUAUCCUGUACAAACCUAAUUCUGCGUUGGACAGUUUGGCGCAAGAGCAUGGAGAGAAAUUGAGGAACCUCCUACUAGAAGCAAGUGAUGAACCUCAACAGCUACGAGCAUAUGUCAAUUAUGCGCAUGGCGUUGAAUCGCUAGAGAGUAUGUAUGGGUAUGAACCUUGGAGGAUCGACAAGCUCAAAGCGCUAAAGAAGAAGUGGGAUCCUGAGAACCGGAUGAGAUUCUAUGCACCAAUUGUUUGA